UGGCCGGGAGCACCUCCUUGGGAGAACAUGCGGCUGCUCCUGGGGCUCCUGCUGGCGCUGGCGCUGAGCCUGGACCAGGGUGAGUGCACUGCCCCGGCCCCCGGCUGGGACGCUCGCCCCUUCGCCUGCCCUUGCCAGGGCCGCCAUCCCCCGCGGAUGGCUGUGUCUGUCCCAGGCUCCUGCCCCCGACCUGCCUGCCCUGGGGUCACCUCCCUGGGUGCUCUCCCGUGGGCUCUGUGCUCGCUGGUCUGGCCCCCACACUCCAGGCCCUGGGCCGAUGCCUGCCUGAGGGGGCCCCGGACUCCCCCACACGGAGCUGCCCGCCCACAAUGGCCUCCUCAUCGCCCACAACAUAGGUCACCUGAACAAAACCAGAGGGUGCCCCCACCCAGCCCAGGCCACCUGCCUCCCAGGUGGCCUGGGCCUGGGGGCGUCCCCGCCAGGCAGACCCCUCCCCCAGGGCCUCUCAGAUCCAACCACAGUCUCCAUGGUGGGGUCCCCUCUCACCUGGGCCUGCCCCCACUCUACCCCCCAAUAGCUGCCCAGGGCAGGGGUCCUGGCCAGUGCGUCACAGGCCACACGGUGUCCUGCGGGGUUGGCCACCGUCACCCCCGGCCACUGUGCCCCAGCCGAGCCCCGCCCAGCUGCGCCCACUGGCCCCCAGCUGCUGAGGACCCCUCCUUGCUUGAGGCACCCCCUUCCCAAAGCCCCAGCUGCCAGGACACGGAGCUGCCCCGGCUGGUCACCGCACUGCCAGGGGGAAGUUCCGGGUCAGAGUCCUGCAGGGGCCACCUGCCGCGCCAGUGUCUUCUCACCCCUGGACAGCCGGGCCUCCCCAGUCCUCGCCUGUACAGCCGUGAGGGCCGAGCCUUGUGGUGCCACCAGUGCAAUGGCUUCGGGGGGUGCCUGCAGCAAUCCAGAUGCGCGCGGGGCGCCGACCACUGUGUCACCAUCGCCACCCGUGAGUGGGGUGCAGGGCUGGGGAGACUCCAGCCUGAGGGAGGGUGCGGUUGCCCGGGCAGGGGCAGCUCAGAGCAGAGCGAGCCCACAGGGUCUCUCUUUCGCACAGGGGUCGCCACCAGCCUCCAGCACCUGCCUCUGGUCACCAAGAUGUGCUUCAGUGGCUGCCCCGACGCCUCCAGCCUGGGCCUGGGCCCCCACGUGUCCAUCUCCUGCUGCCAGGCCAGCCUCUGCAACCAGGGCUGA